UCAUAAAAAAAGUUUUCAUCUUCUUCUUCUUCUUCUUCUUCUUCACAAACCCUUUACUGAGGCGAUGAAGAAGGACGAUGGGCAGUUGAUAGCAGCGAAGCGAGCGUACAGGAACGCAUCAGAUGAGGGUAAUCGGCAGGAAGAAGCGAGAUGGGCGAACGUAAUCGGAGACAUAUUCAAGAACAGAGGCGAGUAUGUCGAGGCGUUGAAAUGGUUUCGACUCGAUUACGAGGUCUCGACUAAGUAUUUACCCGAGAAACAUUUGCUCCCCACUUGUCAGUCCCUUGGUGAAGUUUAUCUUCGGUUACAGCAUUUUGAAGAUGCCCUAAUUUAUCAGAAAAAGCAUUUGGAUCUUGCAAAGGAUUCCGACGAUCUGGUCGAGCAGCAACGAGCCAGCACACAACUUGGUCGAACAUACCACGAAAUGUUUCUAAAAUCCGAAAACGAUCAAACCUCCCUUAGAAACGCCAAAAAGUAUUUCAUUUCCGCCAUGAAGCUCGCCCACACACUAAAGAAAUCAAACAAGCUUACGUUUCUGAAGGAAUACAUCGACGCCCACAACAACAUAGGAAUGGUCGAAAUGGAUCUUGAUAACUUGGAAGAAGCCGAAAAGAUGCUCACCAAGGGGUUACAAAUAUGUGACGAAGAAGAAGUGGUUGAAAACGACGAUGGGCGCACGAGACUCCAUCACAAUCUCGGUAAUGUUUACAUGGAGUUACGGAAAUGGGAUAAGGCUAGAAUCCACAUCGAGAAAGAUAUCGUAAUUUGUAAGAAUAUCGGUCAUUGUCAAGGUGAGGCGAAGGGGUACAUAAACCUCGGUGAGUUACAUUAUAGGGUGCAGAAAUACGAAGAUGCGAUUCUUUGUUAUGAAAAGGCGAUGAAUCUGGCGAAGUGUAUGGAUGACGAAUAUGCUUUGGCUAAUCAAAUUCAAGAGAAUAUAGAAACUGUAAAAGAAGCGACGAAAGUAAUGGAGGAUUUAAAGAAAGAAGAGCAGAAUUUUAAGAAGUUGAUAAGAAACAUGGUUAACGCUAGAGGCACGUCGGGUGAACGGAAGUGCUUGUUACAACAGAAUGUGUCUCUUGAUCGCCUUAUUGAGAAAUCAAGCAUCACUUCCGCAUGGAAGAAGCAUUGUGAGUUUGCGAAAAGGAAGAAAAAAAUAGCGAGCGAACUUUGUGACAAAGAAAAGUUGGGUGAUUCGUAUCUAGUUAUCGGAGAGUCGUAUCAGAAGCUUCGGAACUUCACCAAAGCCAAAAAAUGGUACUCUAAAAGUUGGGAGACUUACAAGUCAAUUGGUAACAUGGAGGGACAAGCAUUAGCAAAGAUCAAUCUUGGAGAUGUUUUGGAUUCGGUUGGUAAAUGGUCAGAUGCUUUGGAGGCAUUUAGUGAAGGCUACAGAAUUGCUCGUGAAGCUAACCUAGUAUCGGUCCAGCUGUCUGCGCUGGAAAAUAUGCAUUAUAGUCACAUGAUCAGAUUUGAUAAUCAUGAAGAGGCUAGGAGGUUGCAGUCAAAAAUAGAGAAACUAAAGCAGUUAAACAACAAUGAGGUUGAACCAUUACGAGACAGCUGUUCUGAGACUGAUACAGAAGGAGAAAAUUCACCACGAAAAUCAUAUGCAUCCAACGUACAUGGAAACAAUGAGUCAGCAUUUGAUGACGUCCCUUUGGCCUCACUCGUUACCAAAUCAAAAGGAACAAAACAUAAGCCACUAGAAGCUUCCGCCACAAGCAUGUCUAGUCAGACAGUUAGUCGGAAACGAGGUCGCCUUGUCCUUUCUGACGACGAAGAUGAUAAUAAUAACCAACAACAUGUUGAUGGUUCCACCUCUAAUGAAUUCAAGAGCAGACGCAGGUUAAAUAGUCAUGUUGAUGAACACCAGGAAGUAAUUAGUGAUUGCACUCCUCCUGUACAUCUGGAAGAAAGUGCUUGUUCAUAUAAAGGCAUGAGUCCGAAGCUAACUGCAGAAGAUUUUAGAUGUUCAAGGCAACAUGAAUCUGUUGAUGUUUCUCCUGGCGUUUUGGAAAAUAUCUGUCUGAAAAAUGGUCACUCUGGCCCCGUUUUUGAUGCUUGUGAGGAUGAAUAUUGUAAACAUCUUAUAUUCAAAGUUGAGGAUGACUUUGUACAUAUAGAACCGGACCCGCAUAAGUUCGGCAUUAAGCUAAGCAUGGAACAUAUGAAGGUUGAAGUCGCAUGUUUGUACUUUUUAAAACUUGUCAAGGAGAAUAGGUCUAGAGGACUUUUGCCUAUCAUUCAACAUCUCAAGUGUGGAGGCGAAGUUCUAGAAUCGUUGGAUUUAUUAUAUACCCCAAAAGAUCAUAUGAGUGGAAAAUGCUGGAUCGAAGUCUCUAUUGACCGUUGGGUAUCUAAGCGUUUGGUAAAACUUUAUGCUGAUUGUUGUAAAGAUCUUUCUCAGCCUCCCAACCUGAAAUUGCUUAAGAAGCUGUAUAGUUUAGAGGUAUCAGAGGAUGAGAUAGAUGUCUCGGAUUGUGAAUUGGAAGAUAUAUCCGCUGCACCGUUACUAAAUGCGUUACAUUUGCACAAAACAAUUGCCGCGUUAAAUCUUUCCCACAAUUUGUUAGGAAAUGAAAGCAUGGAAAAACUAAAAAAUGUAUUUCUGUCAUCAAGUCAAAAGUACGGUGGUUUAGUUUUGGAUUUGCACUGCAAUCGCUUCGGUCCAACUGCCCUUUUUCAGAUUUGUGAAUGCACCGUGCUUUUGUCACGUUUAGAAGUAGUCAACAUCUCUGGUAACCGUUUGACUGAUGGUUGUGCUUCUUACCUUUCCACAAUCUUGCAGAAUUGUAAAGCUCUUUACAGCUUAAAUAUACAAAACUGUUCCAUUACGUCUCGAACAAUCCAAAAAGUCACUGACUCGCUCACUUCCGAAUCCCUUCUUUCAGAACUUUUCAUAGGAUACAAUAGCUCCAUAACAGGAAAUGCGUUGGUAAAUCUGCUGGACAAACUUGCGACGCUAACGAGCUUCUCUCAGAUAAAUUUAAAUGGCAUAAAGCUAAACAAGAAUGCGAUUGAUAGCCUUUGUAAUCUCAUCAAAAGCUCAUGUUUGUCCCAUUUGAUGAUCGGAGAGACAAGUAUUGGAACCGAGAGGGCCAUACAGUUGUCUGAUUCAUGGAGCAGUGAGAAUUCUGAACUAGUCAAGCUUGAUUUGUCGUAUUGUUUGCUCACGUCAAACUAUAUCACGAAACUUGUUACGGAUGCAUCCUUGAUCAGUGGUCUUCUUCACUUGAAUAUUGCAGGGAACCCGCUCAUGCAAGAGGGUGGCGUCGCUCUGGCAUCACUAGUGAAAAACCCGCAUUGUUGUUUAAAAGUCGUUAAUUUGAGCAAGUGCCAGCUGGGGCUUGUUGGCAUACUCGGUAUUCUUCACUCUUUAGCAGACAACGCAUCUAUAGAGGAGGUCAACUUGUCAGACAACGCUCUUGAACACGAGUAUGAUACUUUGGUCAAAGUCAAAGUACAUGAGGAUGAAGUCGACAAUGAUUUGUUUGAGCUCGGGGUUGCGGCUGAUAGUGAAGAUGAAUCUGAACAACAAAAGCCGUGCGUUGACCUCAAGUCAACGUUCGUUCAGCAACUUGCGUCUGCUAUUUCUGUGGCGAAACAGCUUCGGGUACUUGAUAUUAGCAACAACGGGUUCUCUGGAGAAACAUUUUACGCUGUAUGGUCAACUAAUUCAAGAGGUAGUUUGACCCAAAGUCACACUCAGGGAAACACCAUUCAUUUAUCAGUUGAGCCUAACCAAUGUUGCAGCAUCAAACCAUGUUGCACACGAUUUUGAUUCUGAAUUGUUACAAUAUUUUAUAUUUUUUUGGGCAAAGUUGCAUUACUUGUUAGAUUUUUUGUAUAGGGUAAAAUGUAUAUAAAAGAUGCAUGUAUUUUUAUUA